AUGAGCAAGAAGGCCAAAUCACAGCUCGGCGGAAGUCGCGCCGCCGGCGCCGGCUUUGGCGGCGGCUUCGGCUUCGGCUCCGGUGCGUCCUUCUCAGCCUUUGGCGCCUCUGCCUCUCCGCUCUCCUACGUAUCCGAGCCGCCAGACCUCUCGUCCAUUUCCGACGCCAACACGGUCGUUGCCUUCAAGAACCUCUCGAAGAAGGACAGCACGACCAAGGCGAAGGCGUUGGAGGAUCUGCAGGCGACCGUCACGUCGUCGGCCACGCCGGUGGAGGAGGCUGUGCUCGAGGCCUGGAUCCAAAUAUACCCUCGCACCUCCAUUGACACUUCCCGACGAGUCCGCCAGCUUGCGCACGCCGUCCAAGGCCACAUCGCCACGGCUUGUGGGAAGCGCAUUGCGAGGCACAUGCCCAAGGUUGUGGGCGCCUGGCUGGCGGGUCUUUACGAUAAUGACAAGUCCGUUUCGUUGGCCGCGCAAGCCUCCUUUAAGUCCGUCUUUUCGACGCCGGAAAAGCUGCACAAUGUCCGCAAAGCAUUCCAGCAACAGAUCCUCGAUUACUGCCGCAACGUAAUCGACAAGGAGACGUCGAGCACUCUGAGUGACGAGAGGAAUACGAGCCCGGACGACGCCGAGGCAAAGUACAACAGGGUCAUCGCUUCGAGCAUCGCGGCCAUUGCGAGCCUCCUCACGGAAUUAUCCGCCGAGGAGCUCGCGAAGGAACAGGGCAGCUACGAGGAGGCCGUGCAGGACGACAGGCUGUGGGACUUUUCUUCGUACAGCGACCCUGCCGUCAGACGGGCCAUCCACAGACUUCUGAGGACCUGCAUGGCAAAACAGCGCGAUGCGCUGUCGAGCAACUUGCCGACCAUCUCCAAGGCUUACCUGGCCAACGCACUCAACUCGGAUCAAACCGGUUCGGCGUACGAAUUCUCGGAAACGCUAGUCGCCCUCACCAAAAUAUACCCUACCGUUUGGACGGAGCACUACGCAUCAAAGAAGACGCCGGUGACCAAGCGUCUGCGGCAGUUCCUGAAGCUGUCUAGCCUGCCCAAAGAAGUGUUGCCCUCGGAUCCGGCCGAGGCCGUCGAAAUACUCAAUGCAAUCCGCAAUGGCAUCAUCAGCAAAGACGAGCCUCGCUCGAACAUCGGCGCUGCGUACACGGCGUACUUCAAUGUUACGACUGCACUCUCCUCAGCAUUCUCUGAAGAGGAGCAGCGCAAGCUGUUGACCGAGAUGGUGUUGCCGCUCGUACUCCAAUACGUCAAACCAUCCCAAGAGACUGCCACAUGGGCCGUCCCGGCUCCUCAAGCGGUGACUCUAAUAAGUCAAGCUUUGGAGAUUCCCUCCAUGCCUGGAGUCCUCGAGGCCCGAUGGGAGCGGGUGACUGGCGUCUUGAUCGAAGACAUGAAGACGUCACAACCGGCUCAGGCCAAAGACUACCAGACAUCUCAGAACCAGGUCGACGAAGAGGGUCAAAGGUGGGCUGCCGUAGCAUCCAAACUUCUCGAGAAGUCUCAGUCCCAGGCUGUUCGCGAGACGCUUGCGAGAUCAUCUUCGCAGGUGCUCAAGGAAGCGCUCGAGCUUCUAAAGUCCCGAAAUGGCAAGCCUUACGGUGCGGCGGGCCUAGUAGAGGCGAUGCUCAAAUCCUUCAAGUCGUUUCUGCUUGAAGACACCGAGUGCAGCGACCUCCUGACAUCGUUUGUUACGAAUGACCUUCCGUCGCUCUUCUCGUCUCCGUCAUCUUCCAAAUUGGCUUCCAUCCUGCGUGCCUACAGCGAUCGUCCCGAAUUUGAGGACGUCUGGACGAGGACGUUGAAGGCGUGCGUCGACGAGCCUGAGCCGCAGGCAAAGCUCACCUCUCUGGCCCAGCUUCUGUCCGCGUUGGACUCUCGCAAUCAGAUCGCCGUGGCGAAUCCGGAGCUUCAGGGUCUCAUCCUCGAGAGAUUCCGGCUGUCCAUUCAGGGCCAGGCGGAUUGGAGCUUUCCCAAGCAGCUGCUCAAGGGCUCUUCCGUCCUGGCGGACGAUACGAUAGACACCGUUUUGUCAGAUCUGACGCAGUCGCUCUCCAUCUCCAGCCAGGCCCAGAACGCGCUCCAGGGCCUUUCCAACAUCGUGCAGCAGAGCCCUGAUCUCAUCAGGAAAUACGUGCCCACACCCGGUGGCUCUGCCCUGCUUCAAAAACUGGUGUCCAUCACGGAAAAUCCCAAUGAUGAAGUUGCAGAGCAAGCCUCCGACCUGGAGAUCCGUAUCAAGGCAACUCUUUCGGAUGGCAACAGCAGAGCCGCUCUGAAGAGCUCCAUCUUCGACGUCAUUUCCAGGGGACUCGUCGAGGCAGCUGCCGACUCCGUCUCGCCGAGCACACUCGUGGAGCUCGCAAAGGACCUCUUCAGCGAUUACGAUAUGGAAAAGCAGGAGCUCUCCGAGAACCUUUUGCCUCCCCACGAUGCUUGGGAGGCGGCGCUGAAGCCUUUCUUGGCCAUUCCUCCGCACCCAACUUUUGCCAUCACGAACCCACUCGGCGGAAGCGUCUACAUAGUCGAGCCAAGCCAGCAGCCGGCAAAGAUGUCCCGGGAUUCUGAAGGCUUCUCCCCAGCUUUGAGGAUGGCUGCGUACACUGCACGUCUCCUUGCCAAAGCUUCCGUCUCAGACCACUUGCCCGUCGAAAGAAAAGCUCAGCUAUAUAGGCAACUCCUCCUGACUGUUCAGCUGACGAGUGACAACAUCAGCCGCGCUACUUCGAACGACAUCUUCAACGUGUACAACGCUCACACCGAGAAUGACGUCGUCGAGGUGGUCGCUGACAUACAGGCUCUUGUCGCCGACUGGAUAGUAAAAUCGGGAGAAUCGUGGUCUGGAGACAAUGGUUCCGAGCACUCCUUCACUCGUGUCGCAUGGAACGCUCUCAGGGAAUCUUCAAAAGGCCUGUCGCCCAAAGCCUUUUACAAUGCGCGAGCCUACGCUACUACCAUUUCUGAGACGAUCGAGAUGCACGGCUGGCCGAGCAAGGAGACCGCGAAGAUGGAAGAUGACUUGAAGGGGAUUCGAAGGAGUGACGAUACUUUCCUCAUCGCAUCGUUCCUCUACGGCCACAGCACCCCGCUGGCAUCCCACGGGUCCGCAUCACGCAUGUGCAACGAGCUCAUCGCACAAUUGACCGGCCACGACAUUUCUCGAGACGCGCAAGGGGGUCUGAAGCAGCUCGUGUUGCUCAAUGUCAUCGUCGCCAACCAAGAUGGCAUCACCGACACCAUCGCGAAGCAGCGGCUCAUCUUCUUCGUCAAGCACUUGAGCGAAUGGCUCGAACUUCAAGAUGGCGAGGCCAUCCCUCUCCCGGUCAGGGCCGAGGUUUACCGCGCCUUCUCGCUGCUUCUCCCGCUCAUGAAGGACAUCUACGGAGAGCACUGGGAGAGCAUUUUGAACUCUCUGAUCGCCUUCUGGUCGUCGGCUGGCCACUUCAAAGACCAGGGUCUCGGGUAUGAAGAAGCGAUCCCGUGCAUACACGCAUCGCUCAAGCUCUACUCUACGCUCAAGGGCCUGCAGGCCGACGAGGAUCCGAACGAAGACUUGGUCGAGAUUUGGAAAUCGUCGCAGCCUGCAGCGUCCAACGGGCUGAUCGAGCUGCUAAAGCAAUCGGAAGGGUUGGAUGAUUACAACCACCAACCCUUGAAGAUUGUCAACGAGGUCCUGUCACGGCAGAUCGGUUCGAUUUCCGUCGCUCAACUGGAGAAUACCGAAGAGCUCUUCCCGCUCCUGGUCACCGAGUCCAGCUCGGUGCAGCAGGCAGCGUUCGACAUUUUGCAUAAGCAAAUACCAGCUGCACAGGAAGAAAUCUCCAUCAACGCUGCGCUCGAGAAGAUGACGGUGCAGCUACCUGACGAGCUGCUUUCGCUCGUGCUCGAACCUCCCACCAAAGAUGUCGUCGAGGGCUGGGAUUUCAGCAGAGCGAUGCCGCUCGGCCUUCGCGGCUACCUCUUUAGCUGGUUGCUCAUCUUCGAUCACUUUGUCAACUCUUCGUACAAGGUCAAGACGGACUACGUCGAGCACCUGCAGAAGGAAGGCCACGUGCCGCAGCUCCUCGAUUUUCUGGCUGAGUUCCUGGGCCACACCAGGGGCAAGCCUGUUGACAUUUCCAAAUUAGACAUUACGCAGUACGACCCGCACGCGGCGGACACCCCUCUAGCCGACGCCCACUACCUCACCGCGCAUCUCUACUUCCUCACACUCCAGCAUCUGCCCUCGCUCGCCAAGUCGUGGUGGAUCGACUGCAAGUCGCGUCAAACGGUGCUGGCCGUCGAGAGUUGGACGGAGCGCUUCAUCUCGCCGUCCAUCAUCACGGCUGCGCUCACGGCAGUUAGCGAGUGGGCCAACAGCGCAGACAACGCUGCAUCGGACGAGGCGCUGACGGUCAAGGUCAACCAGCGCGGCAAGGAGGUUACGGCCGGGUACGAGGUUGACGAGCAGUUCAUGACCAUCGUCAUCCGGCUGCCUCCCACCUACCCCCUCGCGCCCGUCCUCGUCGAGGGCGUCAACCGUGUCGCCGUGUCCGAGCAGAAGUGGCAGGCCUGGCUGCGCAACUGCCAGGGCGUCGUGACUUUCUCGAACGGCAAUUUAGUCGACGGGCUGAUCUCGUGGAGGAGGAACGUUGUCGGUGCGCUCAAGGGGCAGACGGAGUGCGCGAUUUGCUACAGCAUCAUCAGCGCUGACAAGCAGCUGCCGAGCAAGAGGUGCUCGACAUGCAAGAACUUGUUCCACACGAGCUGCUUGUACAAGUGGUUCAAGAGCAGCAAUGGAAGCAGCUGUCCGCUGUGCAGGAACCCUUUCAAUUACGGUUGA